AGGAAUCAUAUCAUAUCGCAUCGACCGAAGAUUUUACUUACACAGGAGUAAGCGCGCACGCACGAACUUGAGUCAGAUCAGAAUCGAUCGCCUUAUACUCGACGAAGAGAUAAGACUUUUUAAACAUUUCAAUCCUAAAUUUUCUGGUGUGAUUUACAUGAUUCAGGGCUAUCUAGCUGACAAGUUCUUUAUUAAUAUCUGUCAAGGGCAUUAAGACUGAGACCUAUUUUCGCUAUGUCGGAGUUCAGUUUGAGUAGCGGGAUUUUCGGCUCAUCCCGAAGCGUCCUCGAGACGCAGGACUCCCUGGAACGCGCCGCCGAGACAAGGAGCAAGACCACGAAACACAACAGUUGUAAACAUUGCAACAGGCUGCGGUCGAAUGUGGGUGGAGUCUUCGGGAUGGUCAAUGGUUACAGCUCGGAGGAAAAGAUUGAGGUGCAUUCAAAUGGACAGCAAGAGGAGGAGGAAUGGGAGAAAGUUGACGCGACCGACCUGGAGACUAUCAAGAAUGAGCGCCCAACCUUGCUUGCCACAAUGUCCGACUGCAGCGUGGAGAGCCACGAGUCAGAUUCGCCCAUCCUGCGGCGGAACAACAUCCCGGAUAAGUACAUGGAUCGCUUCAUGUCCUUGUCUCUCUACAGUGGGAAAGAACUGGCCGAGGAAGUCAACGAAAUCAUUGAAAGGCUGAAGGAAUGCGACAUGACUGGGGAGGAGAUUGAGAAGUAUUUAGCAGGAAGGGAGUUGGACAUCAAAAAUGGCCAGACGAGUGACGUCUACAUCACGUGCGACGGGGAGAGGUACAAAACUGGUCUGCAGAUCUACACCCGGGCGAGCCAGACUCUCAAAGGCCUGAGGCAUUUCAUCAAAGGCAUCGAGAACACGCAGCUGGCGAAAGAUCUGGCCUUGGAAGAGAAUGACAUACUACUGAUGAUCGAUUCCGACUGCGUGACCGAGUGGCCUCACAAGCGGGUCGUCAACUGUCUGUCCGACGCUCUUAAGAACCUGGAGGACAUUGCGCUGGUUAUAUUCCGUGAUCUUCCCGGCAGGAACAACAACAUAUAUCUCACAGUCCGAGGACAAGUCAACAUCCUCAUCCCAAGAGGACAUGAGCCAAUUGAAGUGAUUGCGGUAAACUCACUGUCGCAGGAACUUGUUGACAACCGUGUGAUCGGCUUGAGAAAGAUGCUCGAGAUGCCGCCGAUAUUCAUCUGGCAACACGAGAUGAUGGGCACCACGGCCCAGUACUCGAUGUCGGUCAAACCGGCUCUCAGCGACAAAUACGAGUUGUACAUGGAGGUGACAUCCGAGGUGAAUGAAAAAGCCCAUUGGGUAAUCCACCAGUACAGAGGUGAGACCGUCACCUUCGAGAAUGGCUUCAGAUCAGAUGAUGACAAGGAAUCUAUGCCACACACCAUCUGGAUGAUACGCAAUAAAUGCACGGGAAGGUUCAUAGCAAUCGACGACCAGAGCAAGGAGGUCACACUCUCGCAAAAAGGUAUUCUUCCCGACCACAAGGACGCUAUGUUGAUUGAUGAGAGGAUGCUGCUGGCUCACCCACAGAAGGAUCUUAGGAAUACAUUCUUGUUCGAAUCUCUCAGAAUGACAGCACAUUUCCUGUGCGUGGACAACUCUGACAAGCACCGAGUCGACAUCUCAGACAACACGGACGACUCGUACAUCCACAGGUUCGCUUUCCAAGUCUGUCCCGUCAGCCUGGUGUUAGGCAAGAUGGACGAGUUACCGACCAUCACGAAGUACGACCGGGCGGAUCUCUUUGGAAACGGAGUAACGGAAUGCAACCCCGAGGUUUGCCCAAAAAACCUGAUCAACGGCACCCACGAAGGCGAGAGUUUCGAGCGCGUUGACGCUUCUUACCUGUUUGCCGAGAAUGGGGCGGAGGAAUAUUCUCUUCUGCGGGAUAGGCGUAACCGGACGGGAUCCAAGAAGGAUGGGGAGGAUUACGCCAUCCCGAGCGGACCAAUCAAGAAUCGGUGGAAUCCACUUGCCCUUGCAACGAAAAAUGAAGAACCAGCAGUCUGGAAACGAGCAGGGAUGCAUAAAUUCCUUCCGCCCCAAGAAUCUCAAGCCGAGAAGGAGGGUGUCGCCGUGGAGGGCAGAGUCAGAAACAUGAAGGAUGUGUACGAGUUCAAUACCCCCUCAUCAUGGGCAAGCUGCGCCGUAUCAAGAGGACAUGUCGAAAUUUUGAGCAAGACAUUCAAGGUGUAACCGCACACGAUUGAAUGGCAACUUAUUUGGCAGAAAAGCGAUUCUUUGUCACGGGGGUGGAUGGAUGGGUGUAAUAUAAGCAUCGCCCAUCAAAGCUGGUGCUUUAACUAACCAAGAUUGUAGAUAAUUUCGUCUUUACCCCAGCCCACCUAUAGAUUGUACCAUGCAAUAUUACUUUAAAGAAUUGCGAAUACAAUAAAAGGAACGUGGCGAUAUGUAAAGGUGAAAGACGGUUGGUGAUCUUUUUGUGUUUGAUCGGCCGGCAUUUGUUCGGCAGGAGAAACAUCGUUAGGUCCAGUUGUCACAACUAUUACGAUUUGAAAGAAGAUGACGAUAGAUUGUAAACAGGCCUUGCAUGUAAUGACAAUGAGAACCAAAUUAAUGGGUGACCAAACAUUUGCCGUUGUAAAGAUCCUGAACUAUUUUGCUUAUAAAUCGUAUACUAUAUUUGCAUUAAAUCAUAUGAUAUACAUGUAUUUGUCAUAUAAUAUAUUUGGUGAGCUGUAGAGCUAUAUAACGCUGCCCACGUUUGUAUAUACAACGUAGUUUAAUAGUAGAUAUUUUAGAAGGGUAGCAAGAACUACUGCUGACUUCAUCACUGUGUUGUCAGUUGCUGUACAUAAUAUUAAAGGAGUAAGAUGAUUGUCCCUUCAAUUUAUUUGUUCUUCUCCUGUUUCAUGAGUAGAAUUUGGUGAUGAAACUAUGACUGUGUUGUGGAAGGUGGUGACUGGGCAGCUGACAGUAUGGAACGCUGUUGAUUAGCCACCUACUCCUUUGAGCGGGCGGUUCUGAGCUGCAUCAGACAAUCUCAACUAUUUCCACUUACGCCAUCUACAACUACAUUUGUAUAGAGGCUGUCAGUCACUUUGACCUUGACUAUGCAUGCUGUAAAUAUCAUGUAGUUUCUUUAAUGAAAUAAACAUCCAAGAGCUGAA